CCGAAUUAAGCUGACAUGGCGGAGGCCGCCAAGGGCUCGUCCGCCUCCUCCCCCACGGUCGGCGGAGGCGGCGCGGGGGCCGUAGUGGGCGCCACCGCCCGCGGGGGCUUCCCGGCGCCGUCCGGGGCCGCGGUGGCCGCCGCCGCCCCGCACGCGCACGCGCACGGGACGUCGUUCCAGGCGCUCCUCGCGUCCAUGGGAAACAACCGCUGCGCCUCGCCCAAUGGCGGGCUGCUGCAUCACCACCACCAGGGCCACGGGUUCUACAACAACCACCCUCCCGCUGGCGGCGGCGGCCCGAUCCACGCGCCGCCGCCAAUGCCGGUCGCCAUGGCGCCGCCCUACGCGGCCGCCGCGUCGGCGACGACGAUGCAGCCGCCGCCCUGCGCCCUUUCCGGAUACCAAUAUUGGCAAGCUACUGGCUCUCAGAACGGCGUUUCAGCACAGCAGGUUCCAGGAGGUUUUGCGGAUUGGACAGUGUACAACCACAGCGCAUUCAUGUCUGUUACCUGUGGCAGCAGCAGCAGCACCAACAAUGGCUAUCAUCACCAAAGCUUGAGGCCAUGCUCCACCACUGCAUGGCCAAACUUCAUGACGAGGAACCCUUGCUAUAGUACCUACCCUCCUGCCAUACAUGAUCAUCAAUCUCCCUCCUACCACAGCAACAAUCAUGCGGAAGAUUCAGGUUUUGCAUCUAGCUUUAGGGUGGAUCCACAGUUAGGACAUGUUCCAUGUUUUCCACCAAUGUCUCCGGCAUCAAACAACCACUCUCCAGUCCAGUUCUUCAAUGAAGCUCCAUUCACCACAAAAUUGCAGAGUGAAGCCAUGCACACCCAGAAAGAGAAGAAUUCAGAGGAUCCACCUGACAUGGAAAGUGAGAACAGUGAGGAACUAAACCACAAUCCGGUUCAUGAAAAUUUAAACUUGAAUCAGGGCCCUGAAGAUUUGACCGCUAGGUUCAACUGUAAGGAAUACCAUAUUGUCUUGCGCAAGGAUUUGACAAACAGUGAUGUGGGAAAUAUUGGAAGAAUUGUGCUGCCUAAGAGAGAUGCAGAGGCUAAUCUUCCAGCUUUGCUCGAAAGGGAUGGUCUGAUACUGCAGAUGGAUGACUUCAAUCUUGUGGCUACAUGGAACUUCAAGUACAGGUUCUGGCCUAACAACAAGAGCAGGAUGUAUAUCUUGGAAAGUACUGGAGAAUUUGUGAAAUCUCAUGGUCUCGAGGCAGGGGACACUCUCAUCAUCUACAAAAACCCGGAGUCCGGAAAAUUUCUUGUCCGUGGGGAGAAGGCCAGUCAGCAGAGUGCUCCCCUACUCUGCGUGGAAUGCAAGGAGGAAGGUAGCAACAGCGAAGAGUGUGGGUUCGCCCUGAGCCUGCAUACCAAGAGAUCCUGAGAUAGAUGACAGUUUGCCAUCACAACGGUGGGGGUUCGUGCUGACUUGUCAAAAACAUCAGAAAAGCGCCGCCGUCGUCGAGAGCAUAUUGCCUUAAUUAUGAGCAUUGUCAGUGUUGUAGCAUUCGAACUGAAUUUCAAAACAGAACUCCCAUAGGCCUAGCAGCAGGUGAUUAGCUCUGGUUCAAAGAAGAAGAGAAAAAACCUAUUUCCUCAGUUUGUAGGUAACAUAAUUUUGCUUCACCAUGUAGCUUGUGUUUGUUAUGUAUUGUACAAAAAAUAAUCUGACCUGUUGUGUUGUACUUCA